GAUCUAUCAGCUAAUGAUCACUUCCCUAUUCUCCAAUCGUGCCAUGAAAAUCAAUUUAGUUAUGGUCAGCUCCAAGCGGUGUCAAAAAGUGUAGAAUCAACAAUGCGAACAAAUGGAAUGUAACUCUGUGUCCGUCAGCCAAUGUACAGCGUGCACUUUGAUGUCUGGUCGGGUCACCCUGGAAAUAAUUUGAUCUGGUCUGUAAUGGCAGACAACACGACUACAUACCUGACCUACCCAAGUGUGCAGACAUCUCAUGAUGAAAGUAUAUACACACUUCAUGAUGAUUCCUUGACCAAUUACAGAGUUACCGGCACUGCCACUGCCCCUGAGCUGUGGAUUCCCUACGUGAUGAUUGGGGUCAGCUGCGUGACCUUUCUGGCCGUUCACUUUUACUGUUAUCACAAGAGGAACAGAGAAAGAUAUUUACGUAAACGAGACGAGAAGCGGGUCAAAUCUGGUCUUCUGGAGAGACGUAGAAUCACCACGUUAAUGGUAGCCAGGUACCAGUCAAAUUUAGGGAUAAGUCGAGAUGAUCCUUCUGUUCAUCAACAUUUAUAUUACUCCAUGCAAGAGGAUUCUCAAAAUGUUUCUAAGGGAAACCAACAGGGAGUUUACUUGAAUGAUAAAUGUAUUACCGAGCUACAUCAUUCGUCCUUCCCUGAAAGUGCUUCCAUGCAUUUAUCGCAGACAGCAGAGUUGCGAACCCCCAGAAUAACGUCAUCGAAAUCUUGGCCAUUGGUGUCUGAGCACAGUGCAGAGUCAAGCAAUGCCCACUCUAAGAUUGUGGUCGGUAAGGGGAAACCCGAUCCAGGGGACCACACUUCAAACUCUCAUUUUAAAAUGUCGAAAAACACCGAGGGGGAACUUGCCAAGGAGUUGUUGGGGCAUUCAAACGCCGGACGCACCAACAUAUACGGCUACGGCGGCCAGAGUUACCUGCCUUAUCGGCACUAUUCUCCUGCAAUGCUGAGGCCUCCCCAGCCUCAGUACCCAAACGUAUUUUAUACAAACCUGCCAAGUAACACCCCCUCUCAAUUUACUUCGCCGUCGCCAUUGUUCUUCAAACUCAAGCAGAACAAGCAACGUUACGACGGUGUUCCCGUGGAUGAGGUGUCAGACAUGUACAAGCUGCACCACGAGCACCAUCUGGUCCACGACAGGGGCGAGGUCAGCAGCCCUUUCUACGAUGACGGCGACAUGUCAGAGCCUUACAUUAUGGCGGACCCCAACGACGACGGCUUUGGUUACGGAAGCCGGGGUCACAGUCACUACUACCCAACUGUACUGGACGCCUCCGGGUUUGCUGUAUCGGAAAUUGAGGCGUAUCCUUUCACAGAUUUCAGGGGAGAUUAUGGCGGGUUAGAAAGAAAUAGUGUAGCACCAAGGGAAAUUAUCAAUAUGGAUAAAUUACCUCCCAAUAGACGCGUCAUAAAUGGGGGAUACGCUAAUUCUAUUCGUCGUGAUCAAGCUAAAAUAUCUGUACAAAAUGGAAUGCACAUGAAAAGGAAGACAGUAGAAAGUAGGAAUAAUAACAACCGGCAUCCUUCUAUGACAUUCAGUCUGAAUGAUACUAUCACUCCAAAUGAGCCGCCUAAAGGUAAUCAUUUUAAUAACUAUGUUAACUCCCCUCUACUGUAUGAGCAGUCAGAUCACUCUACUCAUCCAAAAAGCAUGGAAAAUGCCUGCCAGUUAAACCCUGUGUGCAGAAUCAACACAACUACAAACUGCAAUAAUCAGUUGACCGUUGAUCAAAUCCCAACUGUCGUUGAUCAGUCUUCUAGAGCUCCAGGAGAACUCCCCGUCAAGCCUUAUUUGAAGCUCCCAUAUGCCGACAACUGUGCGACCUCCUCUGAAUCAGAAAGUCCUACAGAAAACUCUACCAGAAGUCAAACCUCUAAAUAUUGCAACCAAGCGCCUUGGUCACCAUGGGCCACCCCCGUUUCCCCAAAGAUAUCCCGCUACGAGGCGUCGUCCUGCUCCCCACUACUGUCUCCCACAUCCUUGGGUCACUACUCCACAUCGUCGUCCAGGGGCUGCACAUCGUCAACUUCCCCGCGACACACACCAGAGACGUCUCCCCUGCGCACCCCGUCAACGCCUGACAGUGUGACCUUACAGAUAUCUCCGCACAGGACACCUCCACUCAGGACUCUUAACCCUAACUUAGUUUUUCAACACAAGUCUAACAAAACAAAUUAAAGGUUAGCUCAGACUAGUGGCACCAUAUGUUUUUGUAAUGACUAGAAAGUGCACUGAAUUCUUUUUCUGGACUGGGAGGUGAUAAAUUGCCAAAAUGUAAAAAGUCUGAAAUGUCUAUUUAUGAUUGUUGUUGUUUUAUGCGUAUAACAUGCGCUAUGUUUAUAUUCAUUUGACAGUACUGCAUUUACUGCUUGAUAUUAGGUAAUAAGCGAUCGUUAUUAUAAUAUUCUCAGAAGUUUUCAUGUGUAUAAUUACAGUAAAUAUGGUGGACUUUGUCUACACUGUCCUGAAUGUGGGCUAGCGUCUGAACUAUAGACAUAUACUAAUUGUAAGAAGUGCAAUUGAAUAAACUGAUUUUCUUGUUCUUUUGUAGUAUUGUAACACAUUAUUGCUAGUGUUCAAUGCAUGGGCGUAGCCAGGGGGGUUUUGGGGCUCAACCCCCCCCCUCCGAAAUGAAAUUCCCCUCAAAAGGGGGGUGGGUCGAAAUUAAGUGACUUAUUUUUUGCUUUUAUUCUAUUUAUUUUAGGUGAGAUUUUAAUACUAAACAAUCUUUUCCCCCAGCGCAGCCAAAGGGGGGUUUAAGUUUAAAACUCACUACCAGAGGGUUUUGCAGUCAAAUCCUCCUCUUCUAUAAAACAAAACCAAAAAAAAAAAGAAUGCAAACGACAAUCCCCAAAUUUUAAACCCCCCUCCGAAAUUUACGAUAACCCCCCUCUUCAAUAUAAGACAAUCCACACAUCAUUCACCAGAUUCUAUGAGCGUAGCCAAGAGGGAUGAUGUGUUUAAACCCCCCUCCAUCAGGUUUAAGAGCUAAAAACCAAAUCUUCUAUAUAAAAAAACAAAUUACACACUCAAAAUUCUAUGAGCGUAGCCAAAGGGGUUUUGAGUUUAAACCCCCAUCAGCGGGUUAAAAGAUUAAUUAUGUACACACACACACAUAUAAUUUUUCUUUUGUCGGGGGGGGGGGAGAAAAAUUCCCCCCUCCCCCCCGGAAAGAAAAUCCUGGCUACGCCCAUGGUUCAAUGUCGCUUUAGGUCAGGCUGCUACAUAGUAUGACAGAUGAUCAAUGUGUGUAAGAAUGUUAAAAAAAUAUAAAUGUUUGACAAGUCUUUAGGAAAGCAUAUAUAUAUAUAAGCAUAUAUAUAUAUAUAUAUAUAUAUAUAUAUAUAUAUAUAUAUAUAUAUAUAUAUAUAUAUAUAUAUAUAUAUAUAUAUAUAUAUAUAUAUAUAUAUAUCUUUCUGUCUCGGAAGACAGAUGAGUCAAUGGUUUUGGUUUCUUCUUGAGACGGAGCAGAAUUCUGUGUGACUAAUCAAGCCUAUUCUGGAGCGGCAAAGUUUGCCCCAGUUCGUGCAUGUGAAUCUGUUUUAGGGCCAGCUGAUAGAGCAGCUUUCUUUUUGUUCUUCUUUACUAAAGCUGCUUCGUUUCUUUUGCUCUCGGUGCGGUUCAUACCAGCAUGCGCAGUCUGUCUCCAUGAAGUCCAAUCUUGGGCUACUUUCUCCCACACAUUUUCAUUUAUGCCCGCGGCUCUCAUGUCUCGCUUGCAGACACCACUGUAGGUUAGUUCUUGGCCCUUUGGUCUGACUCCCUCCGCAAGCUCAGCAUAGAGAGUGUCUUUAAGAAUUCUUCAAUCUGGCAUGUGCUGAUAUGUCGGAGUCAACAUAGUGUUCUCUGUCAAAAGAGUACAGAUACUGUGCAUAUUGGUCAAUUCUCCCCCCCCCCCCAAAGGAGGUGUAUAUUAAGCAUAGCCAGCACCGUAAGUGAACAACUAGUUCGUUGAAAGGAAAUAACUGGAAACAGAUGCACACCAAGGUCCACGUACAUUACAGUAUAUCUCUCUCUCUGUUGUAUGGCUCAGACUUCCUCUCUUCCAUGACUGAAAUGUACUGGCUGCAGUGCAUACAUGGUCUUACACCGCGCUCAUAAAACUGGAUUACUAUUCGUCUGUAUCCUGUUUGUAUUUUAGUUUGCUUAAUAGGCAUGCUGGUUAAUGUGGCUAUAUGGGAUUAAGGAUUAUGAAAAAAAAGCAUAGACAUAAAUAAAUAUAGACUGGCCGAUUAAAGAGUUUUAUGAAACGAAAAUUUUUGACUUGCAAUUUUGUGUACUUUAUUAUACAGCAUUUAUGAGCAGUAUAAAAGUUGAGUAUUCAUAUCUAUUUUAGCCAUAACCUAUAUAAGUAUUACAUUAUUUUCACUAGUGUUUUUUUUAAAUCUCUAAGAAUGAAGAUCAUGCCAUUUUUCAUAAUUCGGAAAUCCGAAUACAAUAGAUAUACAUGUUUUCAAGUUACAUGAAGUUACUCCCUUCGGCCAGUCUAUAUUUAUUUAUGUCUAUGGAAAAAAGUUAGUAGACAUUUUUGAUCUACUAUGUCGAUAAUGCAUAAUAUUUAAAGUAGUACUGACGUCUUGUUCAUAUGAAUGCUGGAGAUAAUUGUGAAACUUUCUGAGAUACACAAGGUGAAUAAGAUGAGUACUGCCUAAGGCUCAAUCGUAAAAAGAAAAGAAAUAAUAAAGGUAACAACUCAAAGGUUACAGCCACAACCAAUUCACAGGUUACAGCCCCAACCAAUUCACAGGUUACAGCCCCAACCAAUUCACAGGUUACAGCCCCAACCAAUUCACAGAUUACAGCCACAACCAAUUCACAGGUUACAGCCCCAACCAAUUCACAGGUUACAGCCCCAACCAAUUCAAAGGUUACAGCCCCAACCAAUUCACAGUUGACCUAUGAAGUAAAGUUUCGAUGAACCAUUUAGAGAAACAAAAUGUAAAGACAGAGAAAACAGCUUUCAAAAUCACAUUCCAUUUUUUUAAAAAUAUUUUUUGUGUUGCUUGCUUUGUUUGUCGGUUUAUAUUGACUGCAAUGUUUCCAUGGCUUGGCAACAAGGGCUAACAAUCAUGUACAUGCCAUUCAUUAAAACCUUUGUGUUAA